UGGGCAUCAAACACAGCACUGGUCGUUCACAGUGGUCACCUGACGAUUUUCCUGGCACAUUGAAAGUUAAGCAUGUCUGAGGACGAGGGCAUCAGAUUACUAGUCCCCAAGCCCACUGUCCCCUUCUGAUGCUCUGAUGACUGAGGCUCCGGACACCAGCGUAAGCAGCAGCUGAGUCUGUGUGUGCCAGCUGGUGGCCUCUAUCUACCUGAGAGCGCUGUGUCCACACCAGGAAGGCUCCAGAGCAAGAACAAUGUACUGACAUUUCCUGUUUCCUCCUGGCCCUAAGGUCCUGAUGGAGAUGGUUCCUUGUGAGGAGGACCUGCCUCUUAGGAAGGCCUCUCCAUCCUGGUCCCUGCCCUGUUACAUUCAGAAGUGUGUUUCGUGGAUCCUGAGGAUUAAGAAAGAGGGGACAGAAACUGGUUGUUGCAUCACAGACGAAGAUGACACCCCUCUGAGAAGGAGACAUUUUGUCCAUGGGACAAGGACCCGCUUGUGGCCGCCCAGCAGGGUUGAGCCCACACAUCCCAAUGAUGUUUCCAACAGGGUCAUAAUGGAGGUGGUCCCCUGCGACUUCUCAGAGGAGGAGGAGGAACUGUCUGUCUGGAAGGUGGAACCCUCGGUCAAGGAAAACAUCACCCUGGAGACCGUGAGGGAUCACUUCCAUCAGCACAGAAGGUUGGAAGAGUCCAUCGAGAACCCUAGCUGGAAUGUCUACAGGCAGUGGGACUGGAGCAGCAACGACGAGGAAGACUUUGAAGGCCACACCAUCACCGUCACCGCCCUGGUGCAUGCAGAAGCAUGUCUCUCUGAUGACACGGAGGAGAAAGCAGAGGCAGCCAUUCGAUCCUGUGACGACAUCCGCAAGGAGGUGGAACUGUGAUCAUGAAGACAGAGGCUGUUGCGCUCCUACCUUUUCCCCUCUGUGGAAUGGGCCGCUCUAACAGCUUAGACUUAGGGGUUUUGUACAUAUGUUUGCUCCUUUUUCAUUGUUACAAAUGCUUUGUUUUUCAUGUUGGCUAUUUAACAUUGUAAAUAUGUUUCUUCUUAUUGGUGCAUAUUAUAUAUUAAAUGAAACUUGAUUCCUGC